CAGAAGCUACAACCUUGAGGAGUAAUAAAAGACUGCUCACCAUGUCUUACCUACUAGAACACAUAGUAUUUGACAAUACCUCUGAGUCUGGAUCCGGAUCUGACUUUGAGCUUCUGGAUGAUUUUGACAUACCCUGUGACGUAGCCCAGGGCUCUGAUUUCCAAACGAUCUUCCUGCCAACAGUGUAUGGACUAAUUUUUCUACUUGGAAUCAUUGGCAAUGGACUUGUAGUAGCUGUGAUGGGUUUUCAAAAUAAGUCAAAAACCAUGACAGACAAAUAUAGGCUUCACCUCUCAGUGGCUGACCUCUUGUUUGUCCUCACACUGCCUUUCUGGGCCGUUGACGCUGCCAGCAGUUGGUAUUUUGGAAGCUUCCUCUGUGUCACAGUGCACAUGAUCUACACUGUGAACCUCUACAGCAGCGUACUAAUUCUAGCCUUCAUCAGCUUGGACAGGUACUUAGCAGUGGUGCAUGCCACCAACAGCCAGGCCCCCAGGAAGCUUUUGGCAGAAAGGGUGAUCUAUGUGGGUGUGUGGCUUCCCGCUGCCCUCCUCACUGUACCUGACCUGGUAUUUGCCAAGGCCCAGGACACAGGCACCAGGGUAAUUUGUGACCGCCUAUACCCCUUUGAGACCCUCACCAUCUGGACAGCUGCAUUCCGCUUCCAGCACAUACUGGUGGGCUUUGUCCUCCCUGGCUUGAUCAUCCUUAUCUGUUACUGCAUCAUCAUCUGUAAGCUCUCCCAGGGCUCCAAGGUCCAGCAGAAGCGCAAGGCACUGAAAACCACCGUCAUCCUCAUCCUGUGCUUCUUUAGCUGCUGGUUGCCCUAUUGUGCAGGCAUCUUUGUGGACACCCUGGUGAUUCUCAAUGUGAUCCCCCACAGCUGUGGUCUGGAUCAGAGUCUGCAAAUGUGGAUUUCCAUCACUGAGGCACUGGCAUACUUCCACUGUUGCCUCAACCCAAUCCUCUAUGCUUUCCUGGGAGUGAAGUUCAAGAAGUCUGCUCAGAAUGCAUUGACUGUGAGCCGAGGAUCCAGUCUGAAAAUUCUGUCCAAGAAAAGAGCUGGCCUUUCAUCAGUCUCUACAGAAUCAGAAUCUUCAAGUUUUCAUUCUAGUUAACAGACUAUUGCAUCAUAAUAAGACAGCUGAAGUGGAAAAUGUAUAGAUU